AUGUUGUUGCUUCCGAUAGCCUGGCCUUGGCUGCUGCUGCGCUGCGCCCAGAUGAUGCUGUCGGUGGCGUGUCUGCUGGCAGCGGCGGCGGCGGAUGGGCUGAUUUUCCUGGCUGAGCUGUUGAGGCGAAACCGGGGCAGUGUAGAGGUGCUGAGCUCCUGGGCGUCCGGCUCAUUGGGCUGGGUUGUGGCGCGCUAUUGGGCGGGCCUGGGGCAGCUGCACAUGGUAAGAGGGGCGCAGAAGGGAUGGGAAAAUGUAGUUCUGCUAGAGGGCUUUGAGGAGGCCCUCGGUCGCCUCUCACAGUUACUCACACCCCUGCUGGCAGCCGCAAUUAGCAGCUCACCCGUAGCAGCGCGCCUGUUUCGGAUGAUUAGUCCUCUGCUUGCAGUGGUGGCCAAGGUCCAGGCUGCCGUGUACGGCAUGUACUGCUUCGUACACGACGAGAUUGUGCCGGUCGCGCUCGACCUUGCGGAGCGGCUGCCGCUGGUGCAUGGGCUGCUUCAUAGGGCGGUGGAGGGGGGCAGUGCCUAA